AGUUUGAACUCCCACCGUCUCCCGUUGCCCGGCUACAAGAUGCAGAAGGUGAAGUCCGGCGGUAUGAAGAGGUUUUGCCACGUCCUCUCCUCGCCCUGCAAUGACGCCCCUUUCACACCCCUCCUGUGUCACCCCGAUGAGGGGCCGGGGGGCCGACUCGUUUGUGUUCCUUCAUUCAAAGGCACCAUCACCGUGGCGGAGGCCCACGGGGACCCGAGCGCUCUUCACACCAUCCCGGACCGGCCCCCGCUGUCCAUCCCCCCGGGGCUGAAGCAGAGAUUCCAGCCGUUCGGCGCUCUUCCACCCAAAGGCGGCGGUGCGGGGGACUCGCUCCGCAGCGCCAAGAAAAAGAAGAAGGCAAAAAAACGCAGACGGGAGGAAACGGGACACUAAACCCCCAACGUGGCUCAUGAUUGGAUAAAUUCUAUCAUAUAGAGAUCAAUAAAUACUUUUUUUUCUAA